AUGGUAGAAUUCAAACUUCCAUCCGCAUUCUUUACAUUUGUCUAUCAGGUCUUCAUAUCUCUCAAAUUUUCUUCGCACUUCCUGUUCCAUAUUGUCUUCCCAAGGGACUAUCAACCUUGGAGAAAGCCUGUUCAUAUCUAUCUAUCUAUCUAUCUAUCUAUCUAUCUAUCUAUCUAUCUAUCGCAGUCUGGUCAUAUGAAUUUCUAUCUAUCUAUCUAUCUAUCUAUCUAUCUAUCUAUCUAUCUAUCUCAGUCUGGUGAUAUCUAUCUAUCUAUCUAUCUAUCUAUCUAUCUAUCUAUCUAUCUAUCUAUCUAUCUAUCGCAGUCUGGUCAUAUGAAUAUCUAUCUAUCGCAGUCUGUCCAUAUGAAUAUCUAUCUAUCUAUGUAUCUAUCUAUCUAUCUAUCGCAGUCUGGUCAUAUGAAUAUCUAUCUAUCUAUCUAUCUAUCUAUCUAUCUAUCUAUCUAUCUAUCUAUCGCACUAUCUAUUUAUCUAUCUCAGUCUGUUCAUAUCGAUCUAUCUAUGGAACGAUAA